AUGCGCCAAUCGAUGGGGCACCACAGGUCAAACACGCUGACAAGCGACAACUCCUCCGUUGCUGAAUCGAAACGACAUGCCUUCUGGUCACUUUAUACUAUCGACAAUAACAUCUCCCUAAACUUGGGGCUGGCGUCUCACUUCCCUGAUCACGAUAUCGACGCAGAUCUCAUUACUCCUUCAACUGAUCCAAAGCACCGCCCAUGGGACAUGAUGAGCCUGGUUAUCGUGGAGUUUGCCGGUAUCCAAGGCCGUGUGUACGACGAAUUAUACUCCAUCGCUGCAUCAAAGGCAUCCGAUGCCAUUAACUAA